UUGAAUAUUUCUACAAUUUAUGGUAAAGAUUUAAAUCCAGAUGCAUCUAAUAACAAUUGUACUCCCAACCCUUCCGAGAAAAUCUGUGAAAUAUAUGACACUCAAACGCAAAAUGAACAAAGUUCAUUAACAUAUUUGAAUAUUCCUGCAAAUUCUGCUAAAGAUUUUGAACCCGAUUCAUCUGAUGAUAGUUAUGCUCCCAACUCGUCUGACCUAGAAACUGAUUCUUCUUACUCCGACGAUAGUGAUGGUGAUGAUAGCGUAAUAACUUACUAUGAAAACAGUUCUGAAACCGAAUUAGUUCAAAUACUUGAAAAUACUCAAUGUACAGAAAACAAUAAUUUUGACGAGUGGGAAGACAUUAACGAUACGAAACCUGAUUUCGAUGAAUUCACAGAUAAUUGUAGACCAAACAUUCCGGAUAAUACUAUAACGCCAGCAGAUUUUUACAGUCUAUUUGUAACGGAUGAAAUUAUUGAGCAAAUGGUAAUAAACACAAACAAUUACGCACAAGAUAAUAAGAUCGUAAUCUAA